CGCAGGUGGGUUCCUUCUGCGUCGACUCCGAGCGCCCUUCCGCUCCCUUGCUCUGAACGCGCUCAUGGACGCGCCACGCGCCAGGAGCAUGCACGACGGGGGCGGCCCCCGGAGCCUCUCCAUCGAAGGCAACAUCGGUAGUUUGCCAUCGUAACAAGAAAAAUACGGUAGUGGCAGAACAAGAGGUUUGCAGAGGAUGACUGGCCAGAUGUUGUGAGCCUAUGAUACCAGUUUAUCCUGUGGGCAGUAGGCGGCUGUCUGAGCUACUAGAGAAUUGAAAUCAGUGUGCGCCAUAACCAGGACGGCACUUCCAAAGGUCCUGGAAACUUGCUAGAAAUGAUGUACCAAGAGCCAGCUCGAUGGUCCUACACAUUCCAGACGCUUUCCUUUAUGAGCCGUCUGAAAGUGCAGCUGGAACCCCUCCCGGGGAAACUCAUACAGGCAGAGAAGUCUGUGCGAAUCUUUGAGAGGUCUGUGUACAGUGACAGGUAUAUCUUUGCAAAGAAUCUUUUUGAAAAUGGUUCCCUCAGUGAUGUCGAAUGGCACAUCUAUCAAGACUGGCAUUCUUUUCUCCUGCAGGAGUUUGCAAACCGGCUCUUGAUACAUGGCUUCAUCUAUCUCCAGGCUUCUCCCCAGGUUUGUUUGGAAAGACUGUACCAGAGAUCCCGAGCAGAAGAGAAAGGCAUUGAGCUGGCCUAUCUUGAACAGCUGCAUGGUCAACAUGAGGACUGGUUUAUUAACAAGACUACCAAGCUCCACUUCGAAGCUCUGCAACAUGUGCCAGUGCUGGUGCUGAAUGUCAGUGACGAUUUCUCUGAAAAUGCCGCCAAACAGGAAGAGCUCAUGAGACAGGUAAACACUUUCAUAAGGAGCCUGUAAGCAGUAAUUAGACAUCUUGGCUAUGGUCUGGCUCCCGACUUGCCGAAGCCAGCGAAUGUUGACCUUCCAUCCAUCUUGCUGUGCACAGCCCAAGGCCCCUCAGUCAGUCAUCCCCACAGUCAGGUGUCUGCUGUCUUCACACUGCUGUUGCCUUUUUUUUUUUUUUCAUCUCAAGCACUUUAAAAAUAAAGAUGGCUUAAGUUUGUUUU